CUGUAAGGUGGCACUGAUAGGCGGCACUGAUGCACACUGAUAGAUGGCACUGAUAGGCGGCACUGAUUGGCAGCACUGACUGGCACCGAUGGGUGACACUGAAAGACAGCUCAGCUGGGCACUGAUAUGUGGCAUUGAUGUGGCACUGGCAGGUGGCAUGGAUGAGCACUGAGAGCUGGCACUGAUGGACACUGACAGGUGGCGCUGCUGGGGCUACACAGAUCAUCAGAGCACUCUGAUCAUCAGUGCCCUGAUGAUCAGUGUAGGAGCUGUCAGCGUGACAGCUUGUGAGGAGAGAAAUGCCGAUAACCGGCAUUUCCCUGUUUACAUGUGACCAGCUGUGAUUGUACA